CGUUUCAGAGCUCAAACUUGGUCUCGAUCCCUUUUAACUCCCUCUUCUCUUUCAACUUAUUUGCCUCACUUUUAUCCACCGUAACUAUCUGGCUUCCAUCUAAGAGUCUCCCGUAGAGGUUGCUUAGACACCAUGUUGCCGCCAAUUCCCGUCCUCGCUGACUACGACAUCUCGCCCACUCAUGGCUUUUUGCCGGGCACUCUCCCCCUCUCGCGUCUCCCAGAUCCCUACUACAACAAAUGGGAGGCCAUCGCGGCCAAUCUUCCGGCGCUGAUUCUCACCCGGCGGCUGCGCGGCGUCAUCGACCGCCUGCCGGUGCUGUCGACGGUGGGUUUGGAGCACGAUGCCGAGUGGCGUCGGGCCUAUUCGCUGCUGAGCUUCAUGGCCCACGGCUACAUCUGGAGCGACGACGUGCCGGCCGAGCGUCUGCCGCCGCAGAUCUCGAUUCCGUACCUGGCCAUCUCGGAGCACCUCGAGGUGCCGCCGGUGGCGACGUAUGCGGCGCUCUGCCUGUGGAACUACAAGCCGCUGUUCAUGGACGAGGACAUUGACAACAUGGAGAACCUGGCCACGCUGUCGACCUUUACCGGAGGAAUCGACGAGUCGUGGUUCUACCUCAUCUCCGUCGCCAUCGAGGCCCGUGGCGCGCCCGUCAUGUCCCUGAUGCUCAAGGCCUUUGCGGCCGCAAGGCGCAGCGACUCGGCGGCCGUGACGCGGUACCUGCAAGCCUUUGCCGAGGUCCUGACUGAUCUGAACAACCUGCUGGAGCGAAUCAACGAGAGGUGCGACCCCGACAUCUUCUUCAACCGCAUCAGGCCCUUUUUCGCGGGGAGCAAGAACAUGGCCGACGCCGGACUGCCAAAGGGCGUUCUCUACGACGACGGCACGCCCAGCGCGGCGUAUCGCCAGUACGCCGGAGGCAGCAACGCGCAGAGCAGCCUGCUCCAGUUCUACGACAUCGCCCUCGGCAUCCAGCACCGUCCGACGGGCGAGAAGAAGGGCGACCCGUCUGAGCGCCGCGGCCGGGCGCCGACGCACGGCUUCAUCCAGGAGAUGCGCGAGUACAUGCCCGGCCCGCACGCGCAGUUCCUCGAGGACGUCUACCAUGUGGCCAACAUCCGCGAAUACGUCGAGGAGCACACCGACGACUCGGAGCUGUGCCUCGCCUACGACGCCUGCCUGGCCAUGCUGAGCGCAUUCCGCGACAAGCACAUCAUCAUCGUCACGCGCUACGUCAUCACGCCGUCGCGCCGGUCGCGCAGUCCGCGGGCUGCUCGCAAGGGGCUCAACCUGGCCAUUGCCUCGCGCAAGGCCGACCAGAAGGACCAAAAGGGCACGGGCGGCACGGCGCUGAUUCCGUUCCUGAAGCAGGCCCGCGACGAGACGGGCGAGCCGGCCGUGGGCGAGUGGACGCAGCGCUUCCUGAGCCGCGAGGGCAAGAAGGCUGGCAGCGGAGACUUUUUCUUGGGCAAGACGGGAGACGCGCCGCUGGAGACGGAGGAUGUCGAGGUCAAGGGGCUUGCUGGGACGUGGACGAUGGAGGACGAAGUUGGCGGUAUCUGCCUUUACUGAUGAAUUGCUUGGAGGCGGUUCAACACGCCUGGAGCUGCUGAUUUUUAUUAUAUUUGCUUUUUUUUAAUUCCUGGCGGGCGGCUGUUUGAUUGGAUUUGCUUGAUAGAAACACUCGAGAAGUGCUGGAUUACAAACGAUGGAAUGAUGCUUACGACUGCGUACAAUACGCAAACAUUAGAUGGUGCAAAGAUGGUAUCACGGGCCAUAGAACCACUCAACUAAAUUUUUACUCUUCUUCUUUUACUCGCAUGAUAAAAUGACAUUGCCACUUGGUGACUUUGACUUCAGCUCUGUCUGUGUGCCAAUCCAUCACCCCUCCAGACAGGGGGUCUGUCAGUCUCUCACAGCCGCAAAGUAG